CAUCAUCUUCCCACACCGUACCUUAACCUCCCAGGAUCAUUUCCCAGAGAGAUUCCCGUGGCUGACUAGCCCGGGAGAUGACCAUCCCUUUCUCCCUGAUUGAUUUGCGGUGCAUGACAUCUCUAGAACCAUGAGCGGGAGAAUCCUCUCCCACCGUCUGGUUCCGCUGCUGCGGACGGGUCUUUUGGCCCGCCAUCUUCACAACGCCGGUGCCAGGACUGGCGGUCUUCUACGGUCUGAUGGAGGUGCUGCUCUCCGAGGCCGGGCCUGGCCCGUCGGCGCCAACUCGAUUCACAAUGUCCCCGCGGUGCGAAACAUCUCGUUUGCCCGCAUUCUCCCUAAAUUGGCCAUGAAGCUAGUCCGCGUGCCGGCCAUGUUUGGAGGGGCUAUGGUUGCCGGGUUGGCUUAUUUUCAGUACCAGGCUACGCAGGCCGGUAAUUAUGCUAUUGACGUUUUGAAGAGAGCGGGGGAAACGGCGAGCGAUACGGCUUCGACCCUGUUCGUGGGAAUUUCAGGUAUGGCGGAGCAGACACAACGGGGCUGGCAAAAGACGAAAGAAGAUGUGGAACUCCCGGAAUGGUUACAGAAGAUUCUUCGAGUCGAUGAGGAUUCACAGUCGGGCAACGGUGGUUCCUCAGGAGGAGGGGGCAAGCCUCCACAGGAAAGCAGGGCCGGACUCGGCGCCGCAGCUGCGACCGGAACUGCCUUUGGAUACGAUUCGGACGAGGAAGAUAUUCGAACUAGCAGAGAGGUUGCCGAGGAUGACCAGAUGAUGCUUCUUACUCGGAAGAUGAUUGAGAUUCGGAACAUUUUGUCGUCGGUCGGGCAGUCCAACACGCUUACUCUGCCGUCGAUUGUGGUCAUUGGAUCGCAGUCUUCUGGUAAAAGCUCUGUUCUGGAGGCCAUCGUGGGGCAUGAAUUCUUGCCGAAAGGCUCAAACAUGGUCACUCGUCGACCCAUCGAGCUUACCUUGGUUAACACCCCGAAUGCACAAGCCGAAUAUGGUGAAUUCCCGGCCCUUGGGCUGGGGAAAGUUACCGACUUUUCUCAAAUCCAGCGCACAUUAACCGACCUUAAUCUCGCUGUCCCGGAAAAGGACUGCGUCACCGACGACCCGAUUCAACUCUCUAUCUACUCUCCCAACGUUCCUGACCUCUCCCUUAUCGACCUUCCCGGUUACAUUCAAGUGGCCGGACAAGACCAGCCGCCGGAGCUGAAGCAGAAGAUCUCCGACCUCUGCGACAAGUAUAUCCAGGCUCCAAAUGUCAUUCUGGCUAUCUCUGCGGCAGAUGUGGAUCUCGCCAACUCGACAGCUCUACGAGCAAGCCGACGGGUGGAUCCUCGCGGUGAGAGGACGAUCGGUGUCAUCACCAAGAUGGAUCUUGUUGACCCAGACCGUGGCGUCAACAUUCUUUCGGACAAGAAAUACCCUCUGCGCCUGGGAUACGUGGGCGUGGUCUGUCGCAUUCCUCAGACUACUGCUUUGUUCUCCAGAGGAAGUGGCAACAUCACGAGCGCGAUCCUGAAGAACGAGAAUGCCUACUUUUCGGCCCACCCUCAGGAGUUCGGCUCCCAGUCCGACCUAUCGAUUGGUGUUACGACUCUGCGCAACAAACUGAUGCAUGUUCUCGAGCAGACUAUGGCAUCGAGCCUAGCAGGCACUAGGGAUGCUAUCAGUCAGGAGCUCGAGGAAGCGACGUACGAGUUCAAGGUGCAAUAUAACGACCGUCCCUUGAGCGCCGAGUCAUAUCUUGCCGAGAGCUUGGAUAGCUUUAAACACUCCUUCAAAGCAUUUGCCGAAAACUUCGGUCGGCCUCAGGUUCGCGAAAUGCUGAAGAACGAAUUGGACCAGCGGGUAAUGGACAUCUUGGCCCAGCGAUACUGGAACAAACCCAUUGACGACUUGGCUCCUAUACUACCCGAGCUGGACCCUCUCAGUGACCUCCCCAAGGCGGACCUGGAUUCCCAGUAUUGGAACCGUAAGCUGGACGGGUCGACUUCUUCACUGACGAAACUUGGUAUCGGAAGACUCGCCACGACGGUCGUCGCUAAUGCAAUCCAAUCCCACGUUGACCGAUUACUGGCCAACUCUACCUUUGCCUCCCACCCCUACGCUCAAAAGCAGAUCGUGGAUGCCUGCAAUAGCAUCUUGAAUGACCGAUUCUUCAGCACCAGUGAUCAAGUCGAGAACUGCAUCAAACCAUACAAAUUCGAGAUUGAAGUUGAGGACCCGGAGUGGGUCAAGGGACGAGAGAAUGUUAGCAAGGUGCUGAAGGAUGAACUUCGAGCCUGUGAGGCCGCUAUGCGGCGUGUCGAGGACAACGUCGGCAAGAGGAAGCUUAAGGAUGUCAUGGCAUUUGUGGACAAGGUCCGCAAGGGUGAAUUCCUCCUGGAAGGUGACGUUGCCAGCACUGCUGGUGCUGGCGGAUUCAGUGCCGCCCUCUUAGCUACCGGCCGCGAAAGCGUCUUCCUCCGAGAUCGCGCCGAUCUCCUCAAGAUGCGCCUGCUCGCCAUCCGCUCCAAGCAGUGCGCCUCCAAGAAGAACAAAUACUACUGCCCUGAGGUCUUCCUCGACGUCGUGGCCGACAAACUCACCUCGACCGCUGUCCUCUUCCUCAACGUCGAGCUCCUCUCCGAAUUCUACUACAACUUCCCCCGUGAACUAGACAUGCGUCUCGGCCGCCACCUCUCCGACGCUGAGGUCGAACGGUUCGCGCGCGAAGACCCGCGCAUCCGCAAGCAUCUCGACGUGAUCAAGAAGAAGGAGCUGCUCGAAUUAGCCCUGCAAAAGAUCGAAAGCAUCCGACAGCUCGAUGGACGCAGCAAGCACCGACGAACGGACCGUCCUUUGGCCACCAAGGAGUCGAGGAAUCGCGGGUGGAAUCUAUUCUAAUCAAGCUCGUCUCUUUCUACUCCUUGACCCCAUUCGUUAGCCGUCCCUUCUCUGCUUUUCAUGCAUUGCAUAACUACAUAUACUUCGUUCUCCCCUUCUCUACUACCUCUUCUCUCUUUUUCCUCAUUCCCCUUUUAUCUCCUUGCGAUCAGCGUCUAUCCUUCCCCCCCUUCUUUCUCCUGUAUACCAAAUGUCUCAAAACUCUAGGGAAUUGUUUAUAGUUCAACAAGAUCAGGAUAGGCGUUUAUCCACUCACAACAGCGAUUGCUUUCCUUCUACUUCUCCUUCUCCUGCUUCUUUCUUUUCACCUUUUACCUCUCCCGGUAUUAUUAAUCGUUAGAUCGUGGCCCAAUAGGAUCUGUUGGUUAUUUUCUGAAUCAGAAUGAC